AUGUCGCUUGCAGGUACCGGAUCAGGAGGCGUGCCUCUUGGAGGCUCAUCCAUGACCACAAAAUCAUCCGUCGCCGAUGCCACUAAGGAGAACAGCAGAUCUGCUCGCCAAUCCUCGAUCGCUGCCAAGGAUGACACUAUGAAGGCAGCAAAGGAACGCGUCACCUCCAAGAAGCGUGCUGCGUCCGUCGGGGGCAACGAGCUCGAUACUUUGCUAAAGGAGUCGAGCACAAAAGCAAAUGCCACUGUCGCAUCCACAAGCAGACGCAACGCACCAGCACCACGAAAGAGUGCCAUCCGUCAGGUUCCGCAAGUCUUCCUCAGUCCUACCGGUCUCGUACCGAGUCCUGAAUCCAGAAAGGGACUAUCAAUGCCUUCGCUUACGGAACAGAUUGCUCAGAUUGGAAAGUCCGAGCCUGUUGCCAAUGGAACUUCAAGCAGGACCUCGCUGCCCAGUAUCAAGGCUGCAGACCAUACUGUCGGUUCUCGCUCAGUCGCCAGCGUCAGCCAUGCUCGCGACUCUAUACAAGCAACCGCCUUUGCGUCCCUUACUGGUGCAGCAACCAGCGUUCUUUCCGCUCCAAGCGCUGCAGCACCCGCGCCGAGGAAUGCUGUCACUCAACUCAUUCGACCCAAGCGGAGAGUCACAUUCAGCUCAAGGCAAGAAAAAACCGAAUUCGCUCGCGAUGAACCCACCCUCCGUCUUGGCAGCUUGAGAAGGGAGCAAGUCUCUCCGCCAUCGACACCCGCCAGCUCUUCCAUCGCCAGUGCCGGCUUUGCUUCCUAUAUCCAGUCUCAGGGUGAUUCUAGCUCCGAGAGCGACAGCGAGAGUGAGUCGGAAUCCGAUUCUGAUAUGGACCUCGAUGCCUCCAACGAGUUGGCAGCUAGGUCGCUCGCCGCCUCCAUCGCAGCAUCUUUGCCUCACGAUGACUCGACUUUCGAUCCUUCCAUGGACUCGUCAAUCGACGACUCCACCGUCAACAUGGACUUGACCGGUACACAUGGCUCUGUCAACAAGCGUCCCAUCGCUGAUGAUUCGACUGGUCAGAUAUCUAUUAGCCUAAUUGUCGAAGGCGAAGAAUCAGUGCAAAUGGACAUCACCCAGGCCUUUGCUUCGGCACCCGCGCUCAAACGCAGACGAAGCAGCAACAGCGCUGCUGCAGACGAGUCCACUUCGACGGAUGCCUCGGAUAGCACGGAGCAGGGUGCAGAUGCCUCCGCCAUGGACUUGGACCAGACUACCACGAUGGAGUUUACCGGCGUCCACGCUUCCAACGGCGGCCAUGGCGAUUCCGAUGACUUUGACAGCGAUUCAAGUAACGGCAUGGAAAUGACCAAAGCCAUCACCACCAGGAUCGACGCGAAGAGGUACGGAGACGCGACGACCACCGUGAUCACCAACUUCCCCGAGGCGAGCAGUAGCGAUUCUGAAGCCGACGACACUAUCCAGCCAGAUGCUACAAUGCCGAUGGAAAUGACUCGCGCUGUUACAGGCUUGAUUCGUGAGAAGGACCAUGCAUCCAGCGACAUGGAUCUCGUCGACUCGAGCUCCAGCAGAGCGUUCGGCCCUGCUUCGUCCGACGACAUUUCCGAAGCAAUGGACAUGACUAUGCCCAUCAACUCCAAUUCUUCGCCCUCCAAACUCAAUCGUACUCCCUCAAGGACGGCCAUCAAACUUGGCACUGGUGCGCCAAGCCCAUUCCAGCCAACGCCAAGCAAGUCGCCAAGCCGAUUCCGCCAAUCUUUGCGCGGGGGUUUGGCUGCUCUCGAGGCGGGCACCCACUCGCCCGCACAGCGUGUCGGAGGCACUUUGCCGCCCAAAGGACACAUUCCUCGUGCUAGCGCGCCCACCGACGCGAGCUCGUUCAAACAAUCCAUCAUUGGCGGCAUCGCCUCCUCUUCCUACCAGCACUCCCCAGCGAGACGAGUACAAAAACAAGAACCAGCGGACCCGAGGCCUGCUGCUCCGCUCACAGCCGAAAAUCUGGCCGAAGCGGGUCGUUUGGCCUCGGGACGCGCAGCUAGCGCGUCGCCCUCUUCCCAGAACAAAAUCUCAGCGGCAACCAUCCUGGCUGGUCAGCGCAAGUCUUUGAGUAGCGUUGGGUUCAACUGGCCUUCUGGGCCUGUAGCAUCGACAGCACGCUUCUCGCCCGCGAAAGGGACGAGUCCAAAGCGCCGUGCUGGACGCUCGUCGCUCGUUGCUGCAGUCUUACCUAACCUAUCUCCAGCAGUAACAAACGAAGACUCGUUUCAUUCUGCGGUCGAGCCUAGUAACGCGAGCACAAAGAGAAGUGUCAACGAGCCACAAGACACCUCUAUUGUGCAGUCUGCAGCGUCCGACGCCAGCAUUGGCGUCGACAGCUUCGACGAUUACAGCAACGAUGAGCGCAACCAGGUGCCAGUCCAGAUGCCGCUCAACGACUUUCUUCGGUUUGUCGGCGUUCAUUUCAACGAUGACAUGAGUGCAUCGCGCCGCAAGCCAAUCCCGCCAGCCAAAGAAGAUCAAGCUACUGGGGAUGGUACUGCAGUAUCGGCACAAGGGCCCGUCUCGAUGAUGCGUCUGGUCAGAGCAGCUUGCGGAUCCGUUCCGCAGCUCGAGGCUCUGCGAGAAGCCUGCCGAGAGAUCAAGGAGCAGGUGGAUGACGGACGAGAAAAGAUGGUCGAAAUGGAACAGGCUUUCUACGAUUCGCCGCCAGAGUUUGUCCGCGAAAUUAUGGGCUUGCAGAACGAAGAGGAGAGGCGAGACAUGGAGGCACAAUUCAAGCUGCAGAAGCAGGCCGCUCGUGCUCUUGUCAGCGCCGACUACUACGGCUGGCGACUCGACAAGGAAUUUGACCAGGAGAUGAUUCAGACGCUUCAAGCAUACCACGGUCGAUUGCAAUGCGAUCUGCACAUUGUUAACACCAAGAAGGAGCAGCUCCAGCAAGAGAUCCUGCCCGUGCUACGAGUUAAACACGCCAAGCUCAAAGCUGAUCUUGCCUUGGCCAAGCAGCGUCAAGCCGAGAUCGAUACGUGCGAUGCCGACGAGCUCAAGGGACUGUACUCGAGUAUCGAAGAGCAGCACGAGGUGCUCGAAUCAAUGCGUGCCAAAUUGAUGGACGUCGAAGAGCAGCAUGAGCGUCUGCUUGUUCGGCUCGAGGAGAAUCGCGAAAAGAUGGCUGCAGCUCAGGAGAUGGUCGAUAAGGCGCAUGCUACCGUCGACCAGAUUCAAGGCUACACACGUGGCGAAGCAGGUCGUUUGCUGCGCGAGAUUCGCAACCUCGAGAAGCUGCAUCUUGUUCGUAUUCUGGACAAUGGUUUCGACCCGACGCUCGACGAGGUGGAGAAGGGAGCCGAAAAUGUUGGCCAGGGCGGUAGUCGCGAUGUAGUGCUGAUGCUCGACAGCUGGUUGCAAGUUUCUAUGUCGCUGUUGGCUAGCAGCACCGCUCACCAACUUCCGACCAACAGCAAGGUUUCUCGAAUCCAACUCAAGCAAAAGGGCACGAAAGCCAGCGACGAAGACACCAACCUGGUGCGCAAGCUAUCAGUUCAAAUCCUUCAAAGUGAUUUCGACGUCGAAUUCGCCGACAACGUACCACAAGAUGCACUUGUCAUCCUGCGCCGCAUCUCGCAGACACUGAUCCGCCAACGCAUCCUGUUGGCCGAGAUCGAGCACCUUCGCUGCCGAUUCCCCGUCCAACUCGUAGACGACAGUUCAAAGUUCCCUCCGACCAUCCUCAACGAUACACCGGAUGCAUCGACCAGCUCCUCAGCAUCAGCCGAGCGUGUUGACAACGAGGUGGCCUUGCAGGCUUCGGUGCUGCUGCCCAAGAAAAGGAGCAAGAUUGUCAUUACAGCCACCUCUGACCUCAAAGGUGCAGGCGAAAGCCGAUCCAUCUUGCUGGUUGAUAGUGUGCGUGUCGAGAGGGUGUACGGCAGCGUCGAUGCCGAGGCCAUGUCGUUGCAGAUUCUCGACUGCAUCGAGACUGACCCGACCAUCGGCUCGUUGAGCAAGGCUUUUAUCGAGACGAUCGAGACUUUCGACAGCUGA